AUGAUCCCUCUGCUCGCGCGCUCAGCAUGCGCGCGCACCGGGCUGGGAGUCGGCGCAAGUGUCCGGCGCAUUGCACCCCUCGCGCGUCUCUCCACACAAACCGCAAAACGCGCCGUUCCCAAGACCUCCUUCCUUGCUCCUGCGCACACCGUUCCCCGCCGCUCCCUCGCCGACACGCCGGCUUCCUCUUCCAUCGCUUCCGCAUCAUCUUCCCAAGCGGCGGCAACUGCUCCAUCUGUCCCCGCCACCCCACCUACCGCCUUUGACCGCUUCAUUCCGACCUGGGCAGCCGGCAUCAAGCCCUACCUCUACCUCCUGCGAUGGGACAAGCCGAUCGGCGCCCUCCUCCUCUACUGGCCUGGCGCAUGGGCGAUCACCAUGGCCUCGACAGCGACCCACGCACCGCUGUGGGUUCCGCUGUGGUACCUGGCCGUCUUCGGUGUUGGCGCGAUGGUGAUGCGCGGUGCAGGCUGCAUCAUCAACGACAUGUGGGAUGCCAAGAUGGACGCAAAGGUAGAGCGCACGGCAACACGUCCCCUCGCCGCGGGAACAGUCACGCAUAAGGCCGCAACCAUUUUCCUCGGAUCGCAGCUUCUCCUCGGACUCGGCGUCCUCACCCAGCUCAACAUGUAUUCGAUCGUCCUUGGGGCGGCCAGUCUGCCCCUCAUCUUCAUUUAUCCCUUCAUGAAGCGGAUCACGUACUAUCCCCAGAUUGUGCUUGGACUAUGUUUCGAAUGGGGCGCCCUUCUGGGAUGGAGUGCUGUCGCGGGGAGCGUCGACUGGAGCGUUGCUGCGCCGCUGUACGCCGGUUGCGUGGUGUAUUGCGUGGCUUACGACACUAUUUAUGCGCACCAGGAUAAGCGCGACGACGUGACUGCCGGCGUCAAGUCGACUGCGCUGGCUUGGGGCGACAAGUCCAAGCCCAUUAUCAGCACGCUGUACACGGGCUUCAUUGGCGCUCUCGCGUACGCCGGGUACGCGAUGGGUGCCGGGCCGCUGUACUACGCCAUCUCGUGUGUGGGCGGCGCGGCUCACCUCGCGUGGCAGGUGAUCACUGUCGACCUCGACAGCCGGGCCGACUGCUGGAACAAGUUUACGUCCAACGGCUAUGUGACCGGCCCUCUAAUCUGGGCAGGCAUGUUUGCCGACUACCUCUCACAGGUCAUCUUCUAG